AUGGCCAUGCACCCCGGUGGUCCUAGCAUUAUCAUGAAAUAUGCUGGAAAAGAUGCUUCAAAAUUGUUUAAUAGACUUCAUCCACUGAAUGUGAUCGAGACAUUCCUCGAUGAAGCCCAUGUGGUUGGUGAGAUUGAUAUGCCACCGGAUUCUGCCAUCAGUGAAGAGGAAAUUAUUGCUGAAAAACUUAGAAUAGAGAACUUGAAAAGACUUCCCAAAGUCAACCAAAUCUACAACAUCAACGAUUUCGAGGCAGUGGCUCGUGCGGUGUUGCCCCCACACGCCUGGGCAUACUACAACGGUGGAUCUGACGACGAGGUCACCAUGAGAGAGAACCACUAUGCGUUCCACAAAUUUUUCUUUCUUCCCAAGAUUCUUGUGGACGUGAGAAACGUGGAUAUCUCCACCACCAUGUUGGGCACCAAGACCAGCGCCCCGUUCUAUUGCUCUGCCGCUGCGUUGGCCCAACUAGGACACCCUGACGGUGAAUUGAGUAUCUCCCGAGGAUGUGGAACUGAGGAUGUCAUACAAAUGAUCUCAUCAACCGCUUCAUACUCGUUUGACGAAAUUCUUGACGAGACCAAACCUGGUCAGAGUCACUGGUUCCAGUUAUAUGUCAAGCCAGAUAGAAAACAUUCGAUUGAAAUGCUCAAAAAGUGUGCAGAACGCAAUGUUAAAGGUAUAUUUGUAACUGUUGAUACACCAAUGUUAGGAAAACGGGAAAAGGAUUUCAAAUUUAGGUACGGAGAAGAUGGUCCUAACGACGAUGAUGACCCCAUCACUAGCUACGAUGACCCGGGGCUCACUUGGGCCGAUAUUGAUGCUUUUAAGAAGGUUUCCGAUAUACCUAUUGCCAUUAAAGGUGUCCAGCGCUCAGAAGACGUUCUUCUUGCGGUAGAACAUGGGGUGGAUGCCGUGGUGUUGUCAAACCAUGGAGGCCGACAGUUGGACUUUUCUAGAGCACCUGUUGACGUGUUGGCCGAAGUUAUGCCCAUUUUGAGGGCUAAGAAUUUGGAUAAGAAGAUUGAAAUCUACAUCGAUGGAGGUAUUCGCAGAGGAACCGACGUUAUCAAGGCCCUAUGUUUAGGUGCCAAAGGUGUUGGUUUGGGCCGAGCCUUCUUGUACGCUAAUUCAUGCUAUGGGGAAGAAGGAGUGAAAAAAGCGGUCCAGUUGUUGAAACACGAGAUAGCUUUGAACAUGAAGUUCAUGGGAGUGACAAAAAUCGAAGACUUAAAUUCAAGCAUGAUAGAAAAACGGGAUUCCUAUGGGUUCCACAGAGAUAGCAUCUAUGAUGCCAAUUAUGAGACCAUGAGGCCAAUAGGUUUGAAGGAUAUCCCCACUAAUUAA